UUGACGGAACGGUUCAUCAACACGGGAUAACUCGGCCAGUGGGAUGUGCUCUGCUACUGGAAACGCUACUGGGACGCUACUGUAGCUGCUCCUAGUCAGGCCCACUUCCAGCUGCAGUUCAGUUCGGUUCUGUUCUGUUCGUUGUUCAGGUGUUUGGCGCCAAGCUGCCCAUUUUGACGCGUUGCAGAGACAAAUUGUUUAUAUUGUGUCAAGUGCUGGGUGCACACCAAUGUCCUGGUCCUGGUCCUGGUCCACACACACACAUACCCAGGCUUAACUGCUGCUGCUAGGCAGUGAAAGUUGUCGCUGGCGGUUCUGUUGUGGCGCCGUCUGCGGAGUACUUGGCCAAACAGUUGGCAAAUCGCCGUCGUCUCCGUCUCCGUCGUCGUCGUCGUCUCCGUCGUCACUUUACGUAUUUGUUGUCGCGCGUUUUUUGCUCUCGUGCGGUGCUCCCCAAUCGGAUGACAUUAUCUGAGGCCCGCGGGAUAUCUGUUCUUGUUGUUGUUUGCUUUGUUGUUUUACUCAGUCAGACUUAAAUUAAAAGCGCACAAAGUCUUCGCACCUCGGGCACCCGGUCCACCCACAAGAGUCCGGAAAACUUAACCGUCUCCAACGGCUGGCUCCCCGGAGCAUGCAUCUUUAAUCAGCCCUGAUGAAUUUGGUGGAUGUGCAAAAGUUUGCAGCGAAUGAAUAAAGCAUUAAAUAAGCACUUCCAGGCACUUGUCAACGCAAAGUGAAAAUAAAAGUGACUCGUGAAUAUAUUGAGAUAAAUGUUUUACAAUUAAAUCGAAUAACUCAAGCGGAUUACUUUCUUCGACCACAAAGCUUGCUACAAACUCAAAUAGAAUAAUACAAUUUUAUUGCACUUUGUUGUUGCCGAUAUUUAAACAUAAAAUGGAACCCAAAUCCAGCUUAAGCUCACAGGAGGAACGUGCCCUCAAAAGUUCAGAGAAGCUCAAAAUGCUGGACAUUACGCGAGACAAGCCCGUCAAGGUGUCCGUCAAAGUGGCCGUGCCGGUGCGGGAUCACCCGAAGUUCAAUUUUGUUGGCAAGCUGCUGGGACCGAAGGGCAACUCGAUGAAACGGCUCCAGGAGGACACAAUGUGCAAAAUGGCCGUGCUGGGACGCGGCUCGAUGCGCGACCGCCGGAAGGAGGAGGAGCUGCGUGCCAGUGGCGACAGUCGUUACGCCCAUCUCUUUGAGGAUCUGCACGUCGAGAUUUCAACGUUUGCGGCGCCCGCCGAGGCACACGCUCGCAUUGCCUAUGCCCUGGCGGAAGUGCGUCGCUUUCUGGUUCCGGACUACCAUGAUGAUAUCCGACAGGAGCAGAUGUGGGAAAUGCAGGCACUGACGUCCACGCCCACGCUGAGCCACCUCGACGACUCGCAGAGCCCGACUAACACCAAUCGCGGCCUGGGCGGUGGCUUGGCAGACAUGGACACGUCCAACGACGACAAGUCUGACAACGAUACCAGCGGCAUGGACUGCCUCUCGCCGGACAAGCUCGACUGCGGCCAGUCCUGCAGCAGCAGUGGCGGCGGCGGCGGUGGCGGUGACACUCACCCACAUCAUCAGCAUCACCAGCACCAGCACCAGCCGCAGCCAGCGCACUUCCAUCAGCUACUCCAAACGCACGGAGGCGCCAGCGCUGCAGCUGCGGCUGCCGCCUGUGGGGAGCAUCUCGCUGGACAGGCGAACACUGCGACAGCAGCAGCACUGCACACCACAGCAAUGGCUGUGGCGUUGCAGCAUCAGCUUACGGCUGCCGGCAUUGGUGGACUUUUGAAGCCGUCGCCAGGCAUGGGAGUGGCCGGUGCCAUGUCUGGUCUGCCCACAGCGCAGGGCGGCUCCGCGGCACUGCAGCUGGCUGGUGAUGGGGAGGCAAACACAUCGACAUUGACGCUACUGGAACCGCCCGGAGCACUGCUGCAUCCUGCGCUGCGCAACGUGAAGGCCAUCAAUAUAGGUAGCGGCCUGGGACGCAAGCGACCGCUGCUGGGCGUUCCACGAUCCGGCAUGAAUCCGACAAAGCGCACCGUGAUGAGCCUGCUGGCGCGGGCCAAAAACUCCCAAGCGCUUCACACAGUGCGCCAGCCCGUGGUCACCGCCACAAGUUUUGCCGAGCCCCUCCAGAUGCUGGCCUCACCGUUCAUCAUUCCGCACCAGGGCAUGGAUCAGUCCAUCAUAGCGCUGCCCAAGGAGAGUCUCGCCCAAGGCGUCUAACCCUACGACUUUUAUACGCUGCGCACCGCAGAUGGUCGCACCUGACCGACAACAAUUUGCCCCGCCUCCUUCUUCUAAAGACACAACUAAGUUAGGCUUACCAAAAUACAAUUUAUGAAAUACGAUUUCUUAACAUAAGAUUCGAAUCUAUUGUGGAGCACAAGGCCCGACCAUAGCGAAUAUUUCCGCUUUGUAUAACUAACUCGUCAGCGUCUUUGAAGAAGCAGCUGUGUGGGAUCGGGGUUCGCCGACGAUUGCAUACCCUACCAAUACCAGAGAGCCUAUCUAGAAACACACGAUUUGUUUUUAAGCGAAUUACAAAAUUACAAAAUAAAUAACGCAAGUAUUUUUAA